AUGAACCAGGAGGAGAGAGACAAGCUGUUUAUAGCCGUGCGCUAUGCCGAACUGGCCGAGGCCAGGGAAGCGGUGUCGAAAGCGGACAUGAGUUGGUUGCACAGCACCCUGCAGCAGAACAUGCUGUUCUUUGUGGCAGCACGGCGUCGCCGCGGCUGCGAGUUGCUGGCACAAGACUGCAUCCGGAAAGGUGUUGACCUUUCGCAGAUAGAUUCUCACAAUCAGACACCGUUGUUUUGGGCAGCAGCCCUUGGUAACCUGGUGAUGAUGAAGUUUCUGUUAAGCCUUGGUAUGGAGAUAAACUUCAGGGACAACGAGAAAAAGACGGCUUUAUUCUUCGCGAUCAGCAAUAACCACCUGGAAGCUGCGAGGUAUUUGAUUGAGCAGGGAGCCUCACUCGACGUGGUCGCCGUUGACAGAACGACACCGCGUAAACUAUUAAAGUCGAUGAGCGUCCCAAUUCCUGAUCGCAAGAGGAAGCUUUGGGCACCAGACCCUCAAGCUGCAUGUCCCGGAGCCUCUACAAGGAGCAGAUUUGCAAUUUGGGAAUGGGGUCAGGAGGAGAAGGAGGAGCCGGAGCCCUUGAUAAGCAAGUCAACUGAACAUGUCGUCGUGGAAAACACGGAAUAUUUCGUGACGGACUCCUUGGGCGACUGCUCCAAGCGUCUCAGAAGAUCUGAGCGCGAGUUCUGUGGGGACCACGCCCACCUGCACCAACAUCAGCACUGGUACAAGGACCUGCAGACCGAGGACGCUGCCGGCUUGGUGGACACGCCAGCGAAGGCGAGCAAAGAGCACCUGAGGCUGAUUGAAGCCUUCGCGACCGGGUCUCGGCCUGGUGCCUUCACGCUCGCAGCCGUGUCGCAAAAAUCUCGGACAGUGGCGGGCUACAUCCAUGCGUCCCUUGAGGACGAUACCAUGAAAAUCAAGCAUGUCAAGGCAGACCGUCCGCACCAAGGCAAAGGCCUGGGGGGUCUCUUGCUCCUGGCUGCAGAGAAACGAGCGCUCAAACUCGCAUCAUGCAUCGCAAAGGCAAAGCUGAGUGUCCUGGACACCAACGGGCCUGCCAAGCGAUGCUACGCCAAAGCAGGUUUCAAGGUGGCCUCCUCGUCCCGGUCGACGUUUCCGCCCUGUGGGUGUAAAAACAACCCACAUUGCAACCAUCGGAAGAUCAAAUGGUUGCAGAUGGAGAAAUGUCUCCAUUGA